AUGACAGAUAAUUCUUCAAUACUAGUUCCAAGCAUAGAUCCUAUUUCAAUUGUGACUAACUCUAAUCAGCAGCAAUAUUCAUUUGCUUAGAAUUCCAGACAGAACACUCAGCGUCCUCAAAUAAGUCUGCUGCCCUCUCUGCAUAAAAAGGCAAACUAGUCAUUUGACAUAAAUGUGAUAAGUGGAGGCUACAAUAGUCGUUUCGAAAGGGCGAGCAUCAACAGCCACAGUAAUGACAGAAAUCACAUGCAAAGCAAAAAGUAAAGUAUGGAGCCUACUAGGAAUGUAGGCGCAUUCGGAAUGGGGUAUGACAGAAGUGCCAUGUACUACUGUCCUCAGAAAGAAUAUGAAUCAAGUGAUUAAGCCAGAGAAGUAUUAGAGCAAUCUAAGGUAAAGAUAAGUCAGCUGCUGUCAAAGGCAAGAAAUGAGUAAUUUGAGUAAUUCAAGAGUAUGAUCAAGGAGGUAAUUGAGCAAGAUCACAACAUCUCCUUGAUGCCCACCAUCAGAGUCAAAUCUAAACCCAAGCAAGUCAAGAAACUCACUGCUCUCAAGAAUGUGCCUAUUUCAUUCAGGAACAAAGCAGAUGAUGAUCAACGUCAAUAGUCGUCAACCAAGGAUACGAUGUCUAACAAGAUUCUGAGCACGAUGUUCCUCAAGCAAGCUGGCAUGAUGGGCAUGGACCAGUUUUCAAUAAACAAGUCAUUCGAUGCUGCAUCAGCCAGACAUAGAUUUAAAAAAGAGAAUACUUUGAUCAGGACUCUUUACAACACUAUGUGCAAGACAGACUAAGUUAACAAGUGGGGCUAGAGUAACUCUCCAAAGAGAGGAAGUUCCUUGGAAAAUGACACACAGUAGUCUACUUUUAAUGAGUCCAAGAUGCAGAACUAUAACAAUAAAGAUCAUUCGCUGACUAAAAUGAAUCAAUCUAAGAUAUCAAACAAUGCUUCAAUGAUGGUGGACGACUAGCUUAGGAACUUCAUAACACUUCAGGAUAAGUUAAUGCUUCUAGACAGGACUAGACCCAAGAUCAAAAUUAUAAAGAAUGAAGACAGCCAGAGAUCACACUAGUUUCAGGGAGGUCUACUUAAAGACAAUCAUAUGAUCAUGCCUGCUACCACAACUAAUGCCACAAUUAACAAACUUCAACUUGGAAUGCCGAAGAAUAAACUUAUGAUGUAGAUGUAGCAAGGCAUCUAAUAGCUAGUUUAGAAAGUGAAAAAGCGAGAGUCUUAUCUCAUUGAGUGCUUCAGAGUAGAAGAUCCCUAUUGGAACCCUCCACCCAGAGAAUCAGGCUGUCUUGUCUAAAGCAAUCAUAAGUCUUACCUGAUAGGAGGCUUGAAUUACGAGACUAGUAAGGAUGUGCCUUAGCUGCGGAUUGUGGGUGAUCAUGUCUAAUGGCUGAAAUCUGACUAUGAAAGCCAGGAAAAGCUGGAGGGCAGGUUGCAGCACACAGCAGUUGCCUUUAAAGACAAGAUACUAAUAUUUGGGGGAUGCUAUAUGUACAAUAAGAAGAGACAGCAGAGAGAUUGCAUCAACUAGGUUGUGAUUUAUGAUCCUCAAGAGAAGACUAUGAGUGUCUUGAAGACCAGUGGAAUUUCGAUUCAGCCUAGAAGGAGGAAGAACAUGAUAGUGUAUGGAGGAUAUCUUGACAAUGGCAGUAUUACUGAUGAGCUGCUUAGUUUAGAUCUAGAUGAUUUCACUUGGCAGAGAGUAUAGCCCUAGAAAUCGAUAGAGGGUCUGGCCUAAUCAGCCAGUGUCAGUGUCAUCCUGAAGAAGCCCAAACAGCAAAUAGAAGACUAUAAUGAUUCUAAAGAUGGGAUAUAUGUAUUUGGAGGGCUUAAUAAAAAGGGAGAGCUGCUGAAUAAACUUCGGUUGUUCAGGUUCCAGACUUCAGACGGCAUAGUCAAGUUCGCAGAGUGGACUACUAUUAAAAGCAAGGGUGGUAAGACGCCCUGUCCAAGGAUAGGCCACACUAUGAACUAUCUGUCAGUGACUCAAGCUUUGAUUGUGAUUGGAGGUCGAAAUGACGAGCUAUCAAAGAACGAGCAAUCUCCUUUUUUGAAUGACAUAUAUCUAUUUCUGUUUGACUAGAUGGCUUGGACUGAGUUGAAGUAUACUGGAAAUAGCCACAGACUGGAAAAGAUCUGCAAUCAUGCUAGUACUGUGGAGACCAACUACGAUAACUAUGAAAAGGUAUUGAUAUUUGGAGGAGUGUAGAGCAAGAUGAUGCACAAGGGACUCACUAAUAAUUAGUUCAGCAUCAGUAACUAGCUUUAUCUGAUGGAGAUUAAAUUCAAGCCUUGA